AUGGCGUCUCCUGGUUCGAACCCGCAAAUCGAUCAAUAUGAUGCGGCAGAGGCAUUGAGGGACUUGUGCUUGGGAGAGCGCGAGUCUGUUCAGACAAACGAGGAAAGACUUGAGUCAAUCGAGGCGGAUAAGUCAGCAGUCGAUUCAACAGAAAACCUGGCCAACGACGCGCACACUGCAGAUCCUCCAGCUCUCCAAUCCGAGGAGUCGUCAGAGGAUUCGUCAAAGCAGGCCAACGCGCGUGCUAACUGUCUGAUUGUCAGCACGACCGUUCAGGCGCGCCGAGCAAGAUUAAAGACCGAAGCCUUGCUUGAGUUGAUUGGGAGAUACCCGCCGGGUGAGAAUGAACUGGCAGAAUUCAAGGUGGCCGAGUUCCUUGUCAAUGCCAGUCUCGCCAGGGCGACCUUGAGGGUGGAUGAGGACAAUGCGUUGAUGGUCUUGGAUGAAUAG